AUGGCCGCGGCCAAGGUCAUAAAUCACACUCCUUUCGUUCCCCGUCUACCAAAGGAUGUCCCACUUCCACCAAGUCCCGCAGAAUCAACAAGUCCACCUACCCCCGAGAAGGCUAAAGUUAAGGAAGGCGUGCAGGGGAUGAAGAAGCAGGGAGAGCAAGAGAGGGGGAAUGCGAAUGAAGAACCCGAAAGCGAGAUGCCACAAUCAGAGCCACUGAAACCUCUGACAUGGACAUCCCUGACUGAUUCGAAGCUACCAAUUCACAUCCACCAAUAUUCACGAAGGACAGGAGGUGCCCACUUUUUUUCUAUCGUCGGGGAAAGAAUCAAAAUACAUUCUACAUCAUCUGGCAAGGUUGUUUCUACAUUACCGGGGCCACAGGAUGAUGGUCACCAGGAUAUCAUCACAUCUGCCAUACUCAGUGCACAUAAUGCAUUUCAGCUCAUCACCGCAUCUCUGGAUGGCACUAUCAAAGUCUGGGAUUUUCUCGAGGGAAUAUUGUUGCACACGAUCAAUCUCGAACAGCCUAUCCAUCACGUGUGCGGGCAUGAAAAGAUCAAGGAUUACGUUUUUGUUGCCACUGCAAAAACGAAGAAGGGAAACGGUGAUGGUGACGAGCAACCAAAACCAAACCGGUCUGCAAAGGCUCCUUCCGAAGAGAGCUGCGUCAUCUUACGUGUGUCGCUCAAGCCUCAAAAUCCUGCUUCAGGUGCGAAAUGGCACAAGUCAUCUCAGAUUACACCAGUUGGCAAGACCAGAUAUACGGCUGGACUUGCUGUAUCUGCAAGUGGUGAAUGGCUGAUUGCGGUCGCUGGUCACAAGGCCUACGUUGCACAAGUUUCUGCACUGAAGUCUGGAUUUACAAAAUACGUUUCACCAGAUGCAUUGACAUGUUUGGCAGUCCAUCCAUUAGAGGACUAUUUUGCGACGGGUGACGCGAAGGGUGUCGUGCGAUUAUGGUACUGCUUGAACCUGGGCAGGCCAGCAGUUGCUAACGUAGAAAAGCGAUCGCAAACAUCUGAGCUUCAUUGGCACGCCCAUGCAGUUUCAUCUGUUGCGUUCACGACGAAUGGAGCAUAUUUGCUAUCUGGUGGUGAAGAAGCUGUUCUGGUCAUAUGGCAGUUGUACUCUGGAAAGAAAGAGUUCGUGCCCCGAGUUGGCUCCCCCAUCAAAAGUGUUGUGGUCUCACGCGGUUCUGCUGCUGAGGAAGAGUACCUUCUUGGGCUGGCGGACGCAAGCUUUGCAUUCGUCAGUUCUGCCACGCUCAAGCUAUCGCGAGUUUUUUCUCGCAUAAAACUAGACUCCGUCACAUCAAUUCACUCGUUAUCAUCGACACUCGUUCUUCCCUCUUCCCAUCCUUCUUCACUACAAACCUACUCUCCUUCGUCAGCCAUGCUCAUCGCAGAGCUGGAGGUGUCGCCUUCGAAUCGAGUGUCAAGACAAGAAGAAAAGAUGUUAGAACCCUCACGAGUAGAACGCGUGAUAAUCUCGCCAUCGGGAGAGUGGAUGGCGACUAUCGACCGGCGGGAAGGAGAUGAGUCAUUCCGUGGCGAGAUAUACCUCAAGAUAUGGUGGUGGGACAAGAAAGUAGACCGGCCACAUGGCUUGAACAAGGUCACAUCCAUAUCUUUUAGUCCUUCGGAUGACAUCCAGUUGGUGACCACUGGUGAGGAUAGAAACGUCAAAACUUGGAGAAUACGGAGUACGAAGGAUAAGAAGGGUAAUGUAGAAGUUUCCUGGACCUCAAGAUCGUCUUUUGGUUUCCGUCUGGAGAUGCCCAGAGGCUCAGCUUGGUCUCCGGAUGGCUCUCUUCUGGCUGUUGCGCUCGACGCCUCUGUGGCAUUGUACGAUUCAAGCUCGAAUGCACUUCACUUGACAAUAGUGUGUUCGGAAUGCCCAAAAAUCUCGUCCAUACACUUCAUUGGGCAUCAUGGCCAGUAUAUUGCAGUUCUUGGCAGCCCCAAUCUUGUUGUCUGUGAUAUUAUUAAUCGCUCUGUGCGUUGGCAUCGUCGGCACAUCCACCCUUAUGUCACUCUUGUACCUCAUCCUUACCAAGAUACCUUCGCAACGAUUCAUCGCUCACCAUCAGACACGACUAAUGGGCUCAUGGUUUACUCCAUUUCGUCGUCGACUCCCCUGCUUUCACAAACGUUACCGUUCGGGAUACGAAAUUUAGUUUGGUACCCUGCUCCAAGUCGCUUCGCUUCGCAGUCGGAUGUUUUCCCUUGUGGGAAUUACGCAUGCUUUCGGCGUCGUGCUUCUAGGGCACGUACACCAGCAGUAGCCGAUGAGACAAGUUCGUCAACGAAGGCACUCCAGAAAGGGCUGGCGGUACCCAAGCGGUCUCUCUUCGAAGAGAUGUUUGGUGUACCGGCUCUUACCGACAUCUCUCACAAUGCUGUCUCCAGUGAGACGGCAAGUGUCUUUGAUGCCCCUGCUUACCUCAUGCCGCCGAUGGAAAAUCUGUUCGAGCCGUUAAUUAACGGCUUCCUCAAGCUGCGGCUGAAGGAAAACGUGGACGAAGAGCAUCAGAAACCCGCUUUUAUAGAGAUGGGCAAAGCAUCGAAUGAUGACAUUCUUGACACAUUUAUACCAUUUUUCAAGGACAUCACAGGUAAAUGGUUCUCAUCUCUUGUAAACGGUUACUCAACAGAUUUAUACAAAGGUCUACCUGAUUACCCGUUCCAUUCCGACACCCGUCCAGUCGCAUUGACACUCCCAACUACUCCAUCCUCCCAUCAUGCAAAACCUGCACCCCGAACAGUUGCCUCCCAAAAACCGAACCCUAAUGCAUCCUCUAAAAAGCAAGCUUCCACGCCGUCCGUCCCCGCCAAAACUGGCAAAAAAAGAAGUAGACAUUCUCUAGCUUGAAUAUAAAAUAUCUAUUAUUGAGCACAAGGUGUAAUUCAUCUAGUCGUGUGGAUUUCUCAUUGAGAUUGUUGUUUCAGCCCAUCACAUUUUAUUUUUUAAGCCGUUGUUGCAUUUUAACGCUCCUUCGCAUCGCCAGUACCCUCACGCUUUGCAUGUUGCCAAUGUAGCCAAGUUUCCAUACUGUUGUCGAUAUAAGAGAUGUUAUGUUGUGUGUCAUUUCAUGCUCGUGUCAUAAAAAUUAAAGCCUUCUCAGCUAGUAUUACACCUGCUUCUUCCCAGUGUCGC